AUUAAUGGCAGGGCUGCCCGGCCGUCUCCUCCGUUGCCGCGGAGUGCCUCCUCGCGAGGAGCAUGCAGUGCUUUCCCUGCUUAGUGGUGGCCCUCAGCUGCAUCCUAGUCGCCUUGGGGCUGCUGAUCGUGUGGCUCUACGGCCACACGCCAACUCGCUACGGAAAGCACGCGGGGGAGAAGCAGGCCGGACAGGAACGCCGCCUCCACCUGCCCGCCAAAUGCGCCUGGUUCCUGCAGGAGUUGCCGGCUUUCCUAGUGCCCGCGCUCCUGCUGGCACUGCGCAGCCCGCCGCGUUUCGCACCGCUGGGCUGCAAGCUGCUAGGCGGCAUGUUUUGCGGCCACUACUUCCACAGGACAUUCAUUUACUCAUUACUUACAAGAGGCAGACCUUUCCCGUUGCACACACUGCUUUCCGGCAUGCUGUUCUGUGUCUAUAAUGGCUUCCUUCAAGGUUACUACAUGGUUUACUGCGCUGAAUAUCCAGAUGACUGGUGCAACGACAUAAGGUUUACAUCAGGUAUCUUGUUGUUUUUGUUUGGAAUGGGUAUCAAUAUUCACAGUGAUUUCCUGCUACGACAGCUAAGAAAACCUGGGGAGCUCACUUACAAGAUUCCACAAGGAGGACUAUUUGUAUAUGUUUCAGGAGCAAAUUUUUUUGGUGAGAUACUGGAAUGGUUUGGCUAUGCAAUAGCAACCUGGUGCCUACCAGCUUUUGCCUUUGCACUUUUUACAGUGUGCUUUGUUGGGCCACGGGCUUAUCAUCAUCACAGGUACUAUCUAAGAAAGUUCACAGGCUACCCAAGAUCAAGAAAAGCCUUGAUUCCUUUUAUAUUCUAAAGGACAAUUGUUUAGACUUUGGGAGUGGGGGAGGUUGUUGGUGUUGUAUGUCUUCGUACUGUCUAACUUUAAAGAUAAGUUUUAUUAUUAAUACUUGUGUGAGUUUCAAAGAGAAAGAUUUUGGUACAAUGUAGAGUGGGGGUCCCCAGUGUGAUGCCUGUUGGUGCCAUAGUGCCCACCAACACCUUUC